AUGCCUAUGUUCCAGCCAACUGGUAGGACAAGAGUUGGGGAUAUGAAGUUUGAUGUGGGUAGUGGUGGCCAAGUUCUAGAUCGGGACACUGCAAUGAAAGAUGGGAUUUUGGGUGGUGUAAAUGGGUUAAUUUGUGGUGGUGGUGUUGGUGUUGUGGUUGAAAAAUUGGAUAUGAAAAAGAUGAUUGAAGAGCUUGAGGCCAUUGAGAUGGGUUAA